GGGAGCGAUGGAGCCGGCGGGUCAACGGGGAGGUUUUCUAAACACCGGGUGAAGAACUCAAGCCGCGAAUACGAACCUGCAGCUCCCGCGUUUGCAGCUUCGCGUAGGAAACCAAGAAACAGGCCCAAGUGAACGGCCGCCAUCUUGGCUCAGCAGGGCGCAGAGCGCAUGCGCUGGCGGUUCGGUGAUGUAACUGAGUAGGCGGACCUUUAGGGUCUUUGUUCCCAACCGAGUUCUCGGGUCCGGUCGAUGCAUCUGAACCCUGGUGAUGUUUGCAGCCCAGAGGAAUCCAUGGGCAUAUGAGAGGUUGCAACCCCUGUAUAGGCUUGGUUAUAAUCUUUGCUUGCCCAAUGUGGAGGGACUAGGGUGUCAGAAGGAGAAGAUUUGCAUGAUGGAAACUGAGACCAAACAUCUCAUCAGGAUCUGACGGAGUCGCCCAGUUUAUCGUAACUUGAAUACAUUGGAUUUUGAACAUGGAAGGAAAAAGCACCAAUCACAGUGGGGAGAAACUUUACAUGUGUUCUGUGUGUGGACGAGGCUUCAGCCAAUCAUCUGGUUUGUCAAGACACAAGCGCAUUCACACAGGGGAGAAACCAUGGAAAUGUGGGGACUGUGAGGAGGCAUUUGGUUACCCGUCUGAACUGGAAACUCAUCGACGCACUCACACUGGAGAGAGACCAUUCAUCUGCUCCAUAUGUGGGAAAGGAUUUACUCGAUCAUCGAACUUGCUGACACACCAACGAGUUCAUACUGGAGAGAGGCUGUUCACCUGCUCUGCAUGUGGGAAAGGGUUCACUGAUUCCUCCAACCUGCUGAAACAUCAGCGAGUUCACACUGGGGAGAGACCAUUCUCCUGCUCAGAGUGUGGGAGGGGAUUCACCCAUUUAUCCACCCUGUUGAGACACCAGCGAGUUCACACUGACGAGAGACCUUUUAAAUGUCUGGACUGCGGGAAGUGCUUUAAAAGUUCUGGGGAACUGAUGUCCCAUCAACGUGUUCACACUGAUGAGAGACCUUUUAAAUGCCCACAAUGUGGGAAGUCCUAUAAAAGUUCCUGGGAACUACUGUCCCAUCAACGCGUUCACACUGACGAGAGACCGUUCAGGUGCUCUCACUGCAGGACUGGGUUCAAGCGAUCAUCUCAACUCAUUGUACACCAGCGACUUCACACUGGGGAGAGGCCAUUCACCUGCUCUAAAUGUGGGAAGGGAUUCACUCAAUCAUCCACCCUGCUGAAACACCAGCGAGUUCACACUGACGAGAGACCUUUUAAAUGCCCACACUGCGGGAAGUGCUAUAAAACUUCCUGGGAAUUGAUGUCGCAUCAACAUGUUCACACUGACGAGAGACCAUUCCGGUGCUCUCACUGUGGGGCUAGGUUCAGGAAAUCAUCUCAACUCACUGUACACCAGCGAAUUCACACCGGGGAGAGGCCGUUCACCUGCUCCGAGUGUGGGAAGGGAUUCACUCAGACAUCCCACCUACUGAAGCAUCAGCGAGUUCACAAGUAACUACAAUGAUUAGAUUUUGCUGUUAAUCACAUCCAGCACUGAACCAUGUUCAGUGGUGUCUGUUCCUAUGCAUGUUAAUAAACCCCAGACCAGUUAUAGGGGAAAAUAUUGUUAACAAGAGAAAAAUAAA